ACUGCUGGGAUAAACGACUUGCUCAAACAGGGCAGGGAGCGUUUGCCUCUCCAGCCUUUGCUUUACCCACUACACUGCCCUGAGCACAGGGAGCACAUUUGUCUUGGAAAAAAGGGUUAAAAAAUUAGUGCAAUUCAGUGGGAGAGUGGCAGCAGCGGAAAAUGGGAGCAGAGCACUUUAAGAGAGCCCUGGGAAGCUGUAACCUGAAGCCUGCCGAAGGCUGGGCUGGGGGAAGCAGCAAAAAGCAGAUGUGGCUGCACCAAACCCACACUGUCCUCGACUCGCACCCGCUGGGAGCCCCUGACAGCAGCGGCACAGAGGAGCCCGAGGUUCAGGCAUGCAGAUUCCAGUGGUUCUCCUUUUCCUGGGUCUCUUAACUGUCCCAAGCAGAACCCAGAACUCAGCUACUGAGCAGAACUCUGCCACCGCUGAUGGAGCCAAUGCUGGCGAGGAAGAGGAAGAUCCAUUCUACAAGACCCCUGUAAACAAGCUGGCAGCUGCAGUCUCCAACUUUGGCUACGACCUGUACCGCCAGCAGUCCAGCCGCACAGCCACCGCCAACGUGCUGCUGUCUCCCUUCAGCCUGGCUACUGCACUUUCUGGUCUCUCACUUGGUGCUGGAGAACGAACCGAAAAUGUGAUUUCUCGUGCUCUCUUCUACGAUCUGCUCAACAAAGCUGAGGUCCAUGACACUUACAAGGACCUCCUGAGCAGCGUGACUGGACCAGAGAAGAGCAUGAAAAGUGCCUCCCGGAUCAUCUUGGAGAAAAGACUCAGGGCAAAGCCUGGAUUUUACAGCCAACUAGAGAAGUCCUACAAGAUGCGUCUGAGGGCACUAAGUGGCAAUACCCAGUUAGACCUGCAAGAAAUCAACAACUGGGUCCGGCAGCAGACAAAGGGAAGGAUUAUGAGGUUCAUGAAGGACAUGCCCUCAGAUGUCAGCAUUCUCCUUGCUGGGGCUGCUCACUUCAAGGGGACAUGGAAAACCAAGUUUGACACCAAGAAGACUGCCCUGAAGGACUUCCAUCUGGAUGAGGACAGAACUGUGAAGGUGUCCAUGAUGUCAGACCCCAAAGCCAUACUGCGAUAUGGCUUUGACUCAGAACUCAACUGCAAGAUUGCCCAGCUGCCACUGACAGAGGGAAUCAGUGCCAUGUUCUUCCUGCCUACCAGGGUGACCCAAAAUAUGACUCUGAUUGAGGAAAGCCUCACUUCAGAGUUUGUCCACGAUGUAGACAAGGAGCUGAAGACAGUCCAUGCUGUGCUAAGCUUGCCCAAACUGAAGCUGAACUAUGAAGAGGCACUUGGCAGCACAUUAAAGGAGACAAGGCUCCAAUCUCUUUUCACCUCACCUGACUUCACCAAGAUUUCUGCCAAGCCUCUUAAGUUAUCUCAUGUGCAACACAAGGCAAUGCUGGAGCUUAGUGAAGAUGGGGAAAGAUCCACACCAAAUCCUGUGGCGAACGCUGCUCGUCUGACCUUCCCCAUAGAAUAUCACGUGGACAGACCUUUCCUCCUUGUGCUGCGAGAUGACACCACUGGAACCCUCCUCUUUAUUGGCAAGAUCCUGGAUCCCAGGGGUGUUUAGAUCCCAUCACAAUAAUCUGCAAUGGUAGGGCCCAAAUGGAAAGGGUGGUAUUGGGAGGGAUACUGACUCCCUGCUCUGCUGCACAAAGACACAACUUGCAAAUCUUAUGCCUUCAUGCUGCAAUAAAAGAGCUUUUGCUAUUAAUCUCA